GCAUAACCCAUUGAGUCGCCAACGCGUGUGCAGUGAGCAGCACCAAAAGCACCAACAGCAGCAGCUAACUGGCCAAAAACAUAAACCGUUUAUUCCCCAAAGUGAAAGUGUGCAAGGAUGCAGAGCUACAUUUGGCUAAUUGGCGCCAUGGCGACGCUGGUCGUCGCACAGGCAGCACCCAGCCCCCAAGCACAAGCUCAGUCGGCCACCCAGCUGGCGCUGGAUAUGUAUCAUGGCUGUCUCAAGGAUCUGAGCAUCUCUUGUGUGCGCCCCAAAGCACUGCAAUGGUUCAAUGCAGCCGUCCAACAGCCAGAGUUAAAGCUGACAGAACGUUUGUCCAUUGUGCGUACCUCCUCCAGUGAACGUGUGGCAGAAGCGGAGACGGAGAGACGCUCUCACAGUGCUGAGCAGCAGAUGUUUGACAACAUCGAUAGCUAUCUGAGCAGUCAUGCGUUGAGGAUUCAGGCGCCGGAGUUCUUCCGCAGCGAGGAGGCACGCUCGCUGGUGCCCGACUAUCUGCUCCAGAAUCCCCUGACACAGGGUGGCAUUGUGCCCCUAACAGCUGCCAAUGAGGGACGCGGCAUGAUUCGCAAGGCUGUGUUGCCUUUCCUGUUGGGUCUCAAGCUCAAGACCACGGUCCUCAUGCCCCUCGCAUUGGGUCUGAUUGCUCUGAAAACCUGGAAGGCGAUGACUUUGGGUCUGCUCUCGCUGGUGCUCUCGGGUGCACUGGUCAUCUUUAAGAUUGCCAAGCCCAAGAUUGUCAACUACGAGGUGGUGCAUUAUCCCCAUGUGGAUCAUGUGGUGCCACAUCAUAUUGAACAUGUGGUUCCCCAUCACAUUGAGCACAUUGUGCCCCAUCACAUUGAUCAUCAUCUGGAUUUGGAUCAUCAUUUGGAUCAUCACUUGGAUCAUCAUUUGGAUCAUCAUAUUGAUCAUCAUGUCGACUUGCCCUAUGAGCAUAUUGAUCAUUUGGAACAUCCGGCGCCUGCUUGGGAUCCACAUGCCUGGGCACGCUCCUCCCAAGAGCCACAGGAUGCCCAAGACAUGGCAUAUGCGGGACAAAAGAGGCGUUAAGAUGCAAAACUCAAUACCUGAAUGGAAAAUGCUGCUGGCUCGAUUUUAAGUAGUGCUUCGUAUUGUUUUUAUUUAUUUAUUUAUUUAUUUUAUUAUUUAAUAUUUAUGUGAAUUGUACAAAUACAACAAAAGAAAAGUGACAACCAUAAAAUGAAACUAGAAAAAAAAAACAUAAUGUAUUUCAGAGAGGAAAAGGAUUUCCCAGCUAGGUGUAGCACUCGUGUCGUUUUUGUAAAUAUUUAUGCAAUAAAACCAUGCAAAAGCCUUUUGCCUAA